AUGGAUCCAGAGCACCUACCGGUCAUCAACAACUACUUGGAGGCCAGCGAGCCGGUGUCCUCGGAGGCCCGCGUGAGCCGCAUGCACUUCCAUGACAACCACAGGAAGGUGGACUACGUGCUCGCCUACCACUACCGGAAACGCGGGGCGCACCCCGGCCACGGCUCCCCGGGCCACUCUCUGGCUAUCGUCUCCAAUGGCGAGACGGGCAAGGAUCCCCAGGCGGGGGCUCCCGGCGACAUCGAGCUGGGGCCGCUUGAUGCCCUGGAGGAGGAGAGGAAAGAGCAGCGAGAGGAGUUUGAGCACAACCUGAUGGAGGCUGGGCUGGAGCUGGAGAAGGACUUGGAGAGCAAAAGCCAGGGCUCUGUCUUCGUCCGGAUCCACGCCCCGUGGCAGGUGCUGGCCCGGGAGGCGGAAUUCCUGAAGAUCAAAGUUCCCACCAAGAAAAUGUAUGAGAUCAAGUCACAAGGCAGCAUCGCAAAGACGUUCAACAAGAUUCUGCACAAGCUGAGUGAGCCCCUGAAGCCUCGAGUGCCCGAGCACAGUAACAGCAGGAUGAAGAACCUCUCGUACCCGUUCUCCAGGGAGAAAAUGUACCUGUACGACAUCCGGGACAAGGACACCUUCUUUGAUAAUGCCACCCGUAGUCGCAUUGUGCAUGAGAUCCUGAAGCGCACAACCUGCUCUCGAGCCAACAACACGAUGGGUAUUAACUCUCUGAUAGCAAACAAUAUCUAUGAGGCUGCCUACCCAUUGCAUGAUGGUGAAUAUGACCGUCCCGGGGAGGAUAUGAAUGACAGAAAGCUGCUGUAUCAAGAAUGGGCACGCUACGGGGUGUUUUAUAAGUUUCAACCCAUUGACCUCAUCAGAAAGUAUUUUGGAGAAAAGAUCGGACUGUAUUUUGCCUGGCUGGGAUUAUAUACAUCCUUCCUCAUCCCGUCGUCUGUCAUUGGGAUCAUCGUGUUUCUUUACGGAUGUGCAACCAUCGAAGAAGAUAUUCCCAGCAAGGAGAUGUGUGACCGGCAGAACGCCUUCACCAUGUGUCCCCUGUGCGACACGUCCUGUGACUACUGGAACCUCAGCUCGGCCUGCGGGACAGCGCGGGCCAGCCACCUGUUUGACAACCCUGCCACCGUCGUCUUCUCCAUCUUCAUGGCUCUGUGGGCUACCAUGUUUCUUGAAAACUGGAAGCGAUUACAGAUGCGACUGGGCUACUUCUGGGACCUGACUGGCAUCGAAGAGGAAGAAGAACGUGCUCAGGAGCAUUCCCGGCCUGAGUAUGAAACGAAAGUUCGCGAGAAAAUGCUGAAGGAGAGCAACAAGUCUGUGGUCCAGAAACUGGGAACCAGUGGGACUGAGGCUGAGGAUGAGGAUGAUGAAGAUAAGCUGACCUGGAAAGAUCGUUUCCCAGGUUACCUGAUGAACUUCGCCUCCAUCUUGUUCAUGAUCGCCUUGACCUUCUCCAUCGUCUUUGGGGUCAUCGUCUAUCGAAUCACUACUGCAGCUGCUCUUUCUCUCAACAAGGCCACACGCUCCAACGUCCGGGUGACGGUGACAGCCACGGCGGUCAUCAUCAACCUGGUGGUCAUCCUCAUUCUGGACGAGAUCUACGGCGCCGUGGCCAAGUGGCUCACCAAAAUCGAGGUUCCAAAAACAGAGCAGACAUUUGAAGAGCGCCUGAUCCUCAAGGCUUUCUUACUGAAGUUUGUCAAUGCCUACUCACCCAUCUUCUAUGUGGCCUUUUUCAAGGGAAGGUUUGUCGGUAGACCCGGAAGCUAUGUUUAUGUGUUUGACGGUUACCGCAUGGAAGAGUGCGCCCCUGGGGGCUGUCUCAUGGAGCUGUGCAUCCAACUCAGCAUCAUCAUGUUGGGAAAGCAGCUGAUCCAGAACAACAUCUUUGAGAUCGGAGUCCCGAAGCUAAAGAAGCUAUUUCGGAAGCUGAAAGAUGAGACAGAGCCUGAAGAAGCUGACUCUGCCCAUUCAAAGCAUCCAGAGCAGUGGGACCUAGACUACAGCUUGGAACCAUACACUGGACUAACACCAGAGUAUAUGGAAAUGAUCAUCCAGUUUGGCUUUGUAACCCUCUUCGUGGCCUCCUUUCCUCUGGCACCUGUGUUCGCCCUCCUCAACAACGUCAUUGAAGUGCGCCUGGAUGCGAAGAAGUUCGUUACAGAGCUGAGACGGCCUGAUGCUGUGAGGACCAAGGAUAUCGGGAUCUGGUUUGAUAUCCUCUCUGGCAUCGGCAAAUUCUCUGUUAUCAUCAACGCUUUUGUCAUCGCCAUCACCUCUGACUUCAUCCCGCGCCUGGUGUACCAGUACUCCUACAGUCACAAUGGCACUCUGCACGGCUUUGUCAACCACACCCUCUCCUUUUUCAACGUCAGCCAGCUGAAGGAGGGAACGCAGCCCGAGAACUCCCAGUUUGAGCAGGAGGUGCAGUUCUGCAGGUUUAAGGAUUACCGGGAGCCGCCGUGGGCCCCAAACCCGUACGAGUUUUCCAAGCAGUACUGGGCCGUUCUGUCUGCACGUCUGGCUUUUGUCAUAAUCUUCCAGAACCUGGUGAUGUUCCUGAGUGUCCUCGUGGACUGGAUGAUCCCUGACAUCCCCACGGACAUCAGCGACCAGAUCAAGAGGGAGAAGAGCCUGUUUGUGGACUUCUUCCUGAAAGAGGAGCACGAGAAACUCAAGCUGACGGAGGAGCCGGCCCAGAGGAGCCAGAGCAGCGGCCACCGCAGCAGGAGGGGCCCAGCAGCCAGCCCGGCGCCCUCGGGCCGGAGCCAGCCGGGCAGCAGUGCGUCCUCAGGGUCCCAGCACACCAGCGUGUGAGCCGGGGCGCGGGGGCAGCAGAGACCAGCACGGGGCUGUGCACCUGCACGGCGGGGUGUCCGUCCUUCCACAGGGUCGUGAAGACAGAGAUUCGAGAAAGGAGGCGGAGGAUGUGCGCAGGAGGAAAGGGAGUGAUUCUGCUUCUCAGAAGCUUCGGCUUGGGUUUCUUUUAGGUCCUCUUUUGAGCUGUAUCCCUUGGGGGGUUGGUACCCCCUUUUGCAUCCAUCGGUGAAAGAACUGGGUCUCUCCAGCCCAGGGUCCCAGGCACCUUGAGCCUGCGCCAUGCUCUGCCCACUCCCCAGAUCCCCUCCCCGCAUUUCGGUGGCCACAGGCCGUGAGCAGCACAGUCCAGGCCCUAUUUCCACCCCAUCAUAAGUGAUCUCACCUCCCUUCACAGCAUCACCCUGAGAAAACCCUCUGCGUCACCAUCACAGCCUCAGUGGAUGCAGCUGAAGCUCCCAGGCUGAUGGCGAUGACUUCUGGACCCAACUGAGGAGCCAAGGUCUAGCCCUGGGCUUGUCUCUAGUCCAUGUCCCGGGGAUGCUUUGAGCUCAGUGCAACUAAACAUCCUUUUAUGCAGGUUCAGGUUUAAAAUAAUAAACUGAGACAUUCUUUAUAAAGA